AACGCUUUCUCUUUCUCCCCUGUUAAACCAUGGUCCCUCGAUAGUUUAUCAGACUUUCUUUAGUUAAAUUUAGACAGGGCAAUGGCGCAGAACCAUGUGGCCGGGAUGGAGGCGUCUGCCGUGUCCGUCCUGAAGCGCGCGGUGGAGCUGGACCAGAGCAGCCGCUUCCAGGAGGCUUUAGUCUGCUACCAGGAGGGGAUCCAGCUCCUCAUGGACGUCCUCAAAGCUGUUAAAGACGAGUCGAAGAGAGGACACUACAGGGACAAGAUCAGGGGCUACAUGGACAGAGCCGAGCAGAUCAAGGCUCUGGUCAACCAGAUGAAGGAAGACGGGAAGUACCACGAGCAGAUCAAGAUACCCGAGGACGCCACGGGCUACAGCUACGCAGUGCUCUUCAAACCGUACAUCAGCACCGUCCUGACGGAGGUUUGGGUGGAGGACCCGUACAUUCGUCACACCCACCAACUCUACAACUUCCUGCGGUUCUGUGAGAUGUUGCUGAAAUCCCCCUGCAAAGUGAAGAAGAUCCACCUCCUCACUUCACAGGACGAAGCUGACGGCGGCGGCGGCCAGCAGAGCGCCGCUCUGUCGGAGCUGAAGGAGAGCCUCAGAGCUCAGGGAGUCGACCUGGACCUGCAGUUCUCCUCCACCAUCCACGACCGGGAGAUCAGGUUUGACAACGGCUGGAUCAUAAAAAUCGGACGUGGGCUGGAUUACUUCAAGAGACCCAAAGGCCGCUUCUCCAUCGGAUACUGUGACUACGACCUCAGGCAGUGCCAGGAGACCACUGUAGACAUUUUCCACACAAAACACACAAAGACUUUGUGACAGUCGUGGUUCCAGAAGGUUUUUACUUUCUUAACAUUCAGACAGAACGCAGCUGGAUUUGAAAUAACAUGCACAUGCAUGAGGUAACGUUUACAACAGGAGCUUUUAUUGUUUGCUUUUUAAUAAACUAUUUGAUUAAAAAUUGUCUUAAUUAAAAAAAAAAGUGCCUUUUAAAAUAUUCCAUUGUUUUAUGUCUUUGAGUAUUUUCCAUUGUUCCAUUUGUAAUCCUGUUGGCCUCCACUGUGUCCGUCCUGAAGGGGUUUUCAGGAUCUUUGUUUUUACAUCAAUGUAUGCUUGUUUUACAGCUUUUAUUCUCCUAAAUCUGUAUUUACAACAUGAACAACACAGAUUCCUUAAAAGUAAAAACCAAACACAUGAAACCGUUCACCAUCCUGUUGAUAUUUAAUGAUCAUUGACUUUGAAUUGAUAACACUGGGAACUCCUUUAAGUUAUGUAAGACUGAGAAAAACACUGGGAUCAUAAAUACUCCUCCCACACGUGCAUGUUUUCAUCUUGAUAAGCUGCAAUAACCCCUUCAUGACGAAGCACACGUCUGUUUUUUGACUGUACAUUCAUCAAUAUUUCAUAAAUGACACAUUCACUGUACCAUUAAAGAUGUAUCAGAAAA